AUGCGACAGGAGAGGCACCUAGAGCUGCAAAUUCAUGCUACACACCAAGGGGAAGGCGAGAUCAAGGAAGGAGGAAGAACACUGCUUGCUGAAGUGGUGUACGAAAUCGUAAAGCAAUGCUUCGAACUGGAUUUCACUGACGACGAUUUGAGAGAUCCCAUUGCGGUUCUUAACCCGAAUGUGACUAGGAACAGUUUUCGCGACGAGCGAUUUUACACGAACUUCGAAUAUUCGAAAGGACUUUUCAGUAUCGUUGAAAUGGCAUUCUGCAGGUAUUCACCAGAAAUGGAGAUGUCAGUGCCAGAUCCAGACGAUUUAAUGGAUGCUCACGUGGAAGAGCCGUUGGAAGAGCAUGAAUACGAUAUAAGCAAUGGUAACGAAAUGGAUGACGACUAUGGUCCAUCAAAUGUAUCGCCGGUUCCGAUUGCUUCACAUGAUGAAAAUAUGAUGAGAGCAGAACGAUUGCAGUCACCGCAGAUGGUCAAUAGUAUCCCAUUCGAAUUGGAACAACUCACUGCUAAUUACAAAGGAUAUGCUUUAAUGAACAGACUGUUAUUUGUUGCGGACAACUGUCCACCGAUGCGAAAGGAUGCCCUACUCACACUCAUCAGUUACAACACAUCGAACGUUCCGAUGUAUAUGACGGCUUAUAAUCGGUUGGAUAACUUGAAAGCUUUUGGGAAUGGAACAAAUAUUGGUAACGCAACAAGCACUCAAGAAGACUCGGCCACGUCGAGCAAUGGCCAUUCGUCAGGCAUGCAGUCCGCUGCUGGAGGCUUGCCGCAGUGUAUCGAUUCGCAAUGGAUCGAAACAACGAAUGCAAAAGCACAAGCAAAACUUGAGAUUUUAUCCGCCGAUUUCAAACGACAAAAGGAUGAGGGCGUCAAGAUGUUGCUGAACUGGAUCGAAGUGACAAUUCAUUUAUCCCAAUGGCAUCGUGUUGAACCACUUAUGACCCAAGUUGAACGAGCUAUUUGUGAGGCAGUUGAAUCGGAAUCUGUGGCAGUUUCGUCCUCUUCACGUUCGGUUCGAUACGCAAUGAAUGCAUCGCAGUCGGCUGGACGAUCUCUUAAGCAACUCAUUCAAACGUCGAAGGCGAAAAUCGCAGCCGUGAUAGCGCUUUAUCGUCUUAAUACGAACAACUAUAAGGCAGUUGCUGAAAAGUGCCUACAGAUUGAUUUGGAUUAUUUCGAUUAUCCAUCCCUUCUGUCAGCCAAAGAUAUCGCCGUCUUCGGGACAUUCUGUGCGUUGGCCACAUUCGAACGUAGUGAGCUGAAAGAAAAAGUGCUCGGAAGUGUUCUCUUUCGGAAAUUUCUCGAAUCUGAACCAAAAUUGGUGGAGCUGUUGCAAAAGUUUUGUCGAAGUGAAUUUGGUACAUGUCUUGAUAUCAUGGAAGAGGUCAAUUUCCAUACGCUCUAA